UGAGGGAGUCUGAGGGAACCGGUGGGCAGGAGAGAGCCUGUGGACGACAGACUCCAAGAAACACUGGUUUAAAAAUACUCCCUCGGCUGCUAGAAAUAGAUUUGGACAAGUUAAUCAGCGGCAGAAAAGUUUAGUGCGCCUUUUUCCCCGUGCGCUUUUGGGGUAACUAAAAGUUUGGUGGACAGUUUUGGGACCAAAACAACAACGUCAGGAGAGAAGACUUCUGAGAUUUCUUUCACAUUCUGUCUUCUUCUUUACAAAAAGGGGAACUGAAACGACUUGCCCGGGUUUACUUUGGUCUCUUCUGUGGAUAAAUCGCGUUUUCAGCAUCUGCCGGAGUCACAGCGAAACUUUUUUCCACCGCACAACUUUGGAUCUUUGCGCUGCUGAGAUGCGCUGAUGGAGUCCGGGGAUGUUUCCAAGAUGAUUUCUCUUCUCAUGAAGCACAUUUUCAGACUUGAUCUCCUUUCGAGAAACACCAUGAGCGGGUCUAAAUGGUCGAUUUUGAUCCUCACUGUCUUCUUUUCUGCUUGGAGGCCAGUAACUGCAGGCACACUGACAGAUUUGGAGUUUGAGCGGAGUCCCAGUACUGUCAUCUCUUCACUGGGUAAACCAGUGACGAUGCACUGCGCCCUUAAGGGAACGGGGGGCGAGGAAGAGGACCCUCCGGAUGUCCUCUGGCUGAGAGAUGGAGUUCCUCUCCAGUACGCAGACACAAACCAGUUCCAAUUCCACACUGGAAGCAACAGUUGGACGAUCAUGAGCACGCUCAGCAUUGAGAAGGUCCAACUUCCUGACAUGGGCGCCUAUCGAUGUGCUGUUCUGUCUGAAAGCCACCGGACGAUGUCUGAGGAGGGGAGCAUCCAGCUGGAGGGCCUUCCUCAUUUCUCUUUGGAGCCCCAGCACAUGUCUAUUGUGGCCAACGUGUCCCUGAGUCUGAGCUGUGUGGCUCACGGACCCCCAGAGCCGGUCCGGGUCAUCUGGCUGCAGGACGGAGCUCCUCUCAACUCCCUGAAGGACCCGGUGGCCAUGUCCCCCUCCACACUCAACCUCACAGGUUUGAACAGGACCAGCACUUUUUCCUGUGAAGCCCAUAACCGCAAAGGUGUGGCCACCUCUGGAUCCGGGACCAUCACUGUCCUCCCAUCGCAGCCUCAGAAUGUGAGAGCUGUGGAGAUCACUCCGACUAGUCUCCAUUUGUCGUGGCAGCCUGGUUUUGGAGGCGACUACCCAAUAAUCCGCUGCUCUGUUCAGGCCAAACACUCGGGAGAGUCCUUCUCAUCAGGCCCAGAUAAGAUGAUCCACAACCAGAAUGUGAACAUCCCACCAGCGUCACACCUCAUCGGGGACCUGGAGCCCCACAGCCUGUACGCGGUGCGGGUGGCCUGCCACAGCAGCCAGGGCCCGUCGGACUGGUCGCCCUGGGUGGAGCUACGCACCAAAGAAGGAGUGCCAGAGAACCCUCCUGUUAACGUGAGCGCCGCGUUGAACGGGACGGAAGUGCUGAUGACGUGGGAGGGGCCUCCAGGGAGGCUGAACGGAGAGCUGCAGGGCUACAUGGUGGAGUACAGCACGCCUGCCUCCCAACAGUACGUCGUGGACACUGGAUUGGACACUGAGCUGUCAAUCAACCUGUCCGUCCCCCUGUCCAAUGUGUCUUUUCGAGUGUGUGCCUAUACAGGGGCGGGGCCGGGGCCCUGGACCCUCACACAGACCCUGACACUUAUUACUCCUGAAAUGGAGGAGUUUCGCGGUCCGUCCUCGCCCCCGGCCUUUUCCUGGCACUGGUGGUAUGUGGUGAUGGCCAUCGCCGGCGCCGUGUCCAUCGCUGUGCUCAUGGCUGUUUAUGUGGCCAAGCUGCGGCGCAAGGAGACGCGUUUUGGAGAGGCGUUUGAACCCAUGAUGGAGAGCGGAGAGCUGGUUGUCAGGUACCGCGCUCGCCGCACUUACAGCCGCAGGACGACAGAGGCAACAUUGAACAGUCUGGGCAUCAGUGACGAGCUGAAGGAGAAGCUCCAAGAUGUGAUGGUGGACAGACAUAAACUAACCCUGGGAAAGACCCUGGGAGAAGGGGAGUUUGGCUCUGUGAUGGAAGGGCUGCUGACUCAGGAGGAGUCUGUUCUCAAAGUUGCUGUCAAGACCAUGAAGAUCGCCAUUUGCACCCGAUCAGAGAUGGAAGACUUUCUCCGGGAGGCCGCCUGCAUGAAGGAGUUCGACCACGCCAACGUCAUGAGGCUUUUAGGUGUGUGUCUGCAGACCGUGGAGAGUGAAGGUUACCCCUCCCCUGUGGUCAUACUGCCCUACAUGAAACACGGGGACCUGCACAGCUAUCUGCUAUACUCAAGGCUGGGAGACUGUCCUGUGUACCUCCCGUCUCAAAUGCUGGUAAAGUUUAUGACUGACAUUGCCCGAGGAAUGGAGUACCUCAGCAGCAAGAACUUCAUCCACAGAGACCUCGCCGCUCGUAACUGCAUGCUGAAUGAGAACAUGAAUGUAUGUGUGGCCGACUUUGGCCUCUCCAAGAAGAUCUACAACGGGGACUACUACAGGCAGGGCCGGAUCUCAAAGAUGCCCGUCAAAUGGAUCGCUAUCGAAAGCUUGGCCGAUCGCGUCUACACUACUAAGAGUGACGUGUGGUCGUUUGGAGUCACCAUGUGGGAGAUCGCCACGCGGGGCCAGACUCCGUACCCGGGGGUCGAAAACAGUGAGAUUUAUGAUUAUUUGAGACAAGGAAACCGUCUCAAACAGCCUCCAGACUGUCUGGACAGCAUCUACGCCCUGAUGUUCUCCUGCUGGCUGCUGAGCCCAAAGGACCGCCCCUCCUUCGAGUCCCUGCGCUGCGAGCUGGAAAAGGCCCUCGAGGACCUGCCGGACACCCAGGACCCAGACGAGAUCCUGUACGUCAACAUGGACGAGUCUUCCAUGGAGCUGGGGGCGGUCGGAGGCCGAGACCCAAUCGGGGGGCCGUCCCCUCUCUGCCUGAAGGCCCUGGACUCUGUGACCACCGUGGAGGUCCACCACCCCAACCGCUACGUCCUCUGUCCCCAACACGAGACCAACCGGGCCCUCUCCGACUCCCUGGAGAGCCUGGACAUGCCGGUGUCGUCCUCCACAGCCACGCUGCCUCUACAACCGUCCUGCCACUCCACGCCCAACCCCACCCCGGCCCCCACCCCCACCGUCGAGCUGCUGGACGACAGGGAAGGCUCCAGGAAAAUGCCCUGGCAGUGAUGGCUUCACUUUCUGUUUUUUUUUUAAAAUGACAAGACUCAUCACUGCCAAAGUGUACCAUCCUUUAAACCCCAGUCCAAGAAGUCCAGCCUCUUGCUACUGACCGUCACAAACCUAACGGGCCCCCUUUAAGAUAGUUUUGCACAAAUACACACACAGCCGAAGGCAUUCCAAGGAAGUGGAGGGUUGGGAUUAUUUCCUUUCUUCUCCUCAGCACAUUUCCAAGUGUAAAAGACAUUAAAAAGUGGGCGAACACUGUCAGAGAAACAUGUUGUUGCCCACGUUCACUGCAGCACAAUCAGAGAAAUCUAUUCCCAUUCACGAUAGCAAUAAAACACCACUUCUACACAACUACCUGUACACAGCAGAUCGAUCGCCCUCAUGUGAUUAAGCUACACAAAAAAAUAAAAAAUACACUCCGUGAAACCAGCUCAGACACUGCCAGGCUGAAUCUUCAACCAAACAAACUCAGGAGCUUGAACUUGUGAGUAAGCGCUAACAUGGACCAGCUGAGGAAAGUCAGGAUUUUUUUUACAUUUUUGAUGGAGAAACGUCGUCCAUGUGAAUCUCUGCUCCUGUGCAAAAAUAACUAAAAGGAUUAGUGGGACAGAAAGGAAGCAGACUGGCUGCUUUAAGGUUAUUUUAAUACAGUUUAUGAAGGACAAUGAGAAGUUUAUGGCUAAAGUUUUUGUUGUUUUGCCUUUUUUUUCUACUCGAGCACGAUCAUUUUCCCACUUGAGCAGUAGUUCAUUACUUUAAUCAUGGUAGAAAUCCUAAUCGGAUAUUUUGGUCUCUCUGUAUUUGUCAGGUUGACUCAUUUAAAUUACAUCUAAAUCGAGUUGAGUCAUAUAAUUUUAACACAAAAUAAAACUGAGAUGAUUAGACUAGACUUAUAGAUAAACAGAAAGAGAAAUGUAUUUAACUAUAAGUGAUAGAAUUCACUCAAAAUUACAGAAAAAAACAACUUAAGAAUGAAAAGAGACCAAAAUUUGCAAAAUAAAUUGUAAAAUUUCAAAGCAGGCUUAAGAGACUUUGGCGUGAAGCUGUUCUUAAAGAGGAACCUCCAUCUUAUGGAUCCAACCCUGCAGUAGCUUGUUUGUUAGCCUAAUGUAGCGCUCUAACAGCCCCUGCCUCCUCUGCAGCGGUCGUACUGCUAGUCGUGCAUUCGUUUGCACCAUGAGCCAUUUACAGUUCACACAAGGAAACCUGUGAAAGUCCUGAUUCAACAAGUCGACACGUCACAACUCAGGAAGCUGAGACUUUGCUCAACAGGGACGGAGGUACUGGUCAAAUCAAGAGGGUACGAAUAAUCUGAGGCAGGAGGACGGAUGGAGGGAAGGUACGGACAUGGUGGAGUUACCGAGGCAAACGGCGGGAGAAGCUCCUCGCCUUUUGCUUUUGGCUCAAGCACAGUGUUAUUACACAUUUUGUAAUUUUUUUUAAUGCUGAAUUUUGUAUUUCUACAACUUUGCACUAAUGUUUUUAUAUCAUUGUACGUUUGUUUAUAAUUUGUAUAUCUUUUACGCUUUUUGUUUGUUUUGUGUUUUCUUUCUGGACGGUCAUCCUGCAGACGCUCUCAUGAAUGAAAUCUAUUCACGAGUAACAACUCACAUGUUCAUAAAGGCAGAGAACAAAGCCUGUGAAAACAUUGCAAGGUGUUUAAACGAAUACUUCACCCUUAAAAUAAUCAUUUAGGU